AUGCUUAAGUCGAGGGCCUUUCGUGUUGCAGAUUUACCCAGGUUUGGCGAACCGUUGAAGAACCAGACGGUCUCGGUGGGUCGCGAAGCCAUUUUCACCUGCAUCGUGGAAAAUCUUGGACAAUACAAGGUGGCGUGGCUCCGUAUGGACACACAGACGAUUCUCACGAUAACAACUCACGUUAUCACGAAAAAUAACCGAAUCUCCGUGACGCAUACCGGUCAUCGUAACUGGUCCCUCCACAUCAAAGAUACGAAAGAAACAGACAGAGGAUUGUACAUGUGCCAAGUCAAUACCGAUCCCAUGAUCAACGUCGCUGGAUUUCUCGAAGUAGUCGUGCCCCCGGAUAUCCUGGACUACCUUACCAGCACGGACAUGGUGGUGCGGGAGGGGAGCAACGUGACGUUACGGUGUGCCGCGACGGGCACCCCGGAACCGAAGGUCUCGUGGCGUCGUGAAGCAGGAGGCACGAUCACCCUGUCAAACUGGCACGAGGUGGAAAGUAUCGAGGGUUCGAAGCUGGAAAUAACGCGGGUGACGCGUCUUCACAUGGGAGCUUAUCUCUGCAUAGCUACAAAUGGAGUCCCGCCGACAGUCAGCAAGAGGAUCGUCCUCGUUGUUCACUUUCAACCGAUGGUUUGGAUUGAAAACCAGUUAGUUGGUGCUUACGAGGGUCAAACACUUGUAUUGGAGUGUUGCAGCGAGGCUUUUCCAGGACCAGUAACUUAUUGGACGAGGCCUUGGAACGAAACGAUUGCAAGCGACAGCAACUAUAAAGUCGAGACGAUUUUAAACGGGUACGAAAUAACCAUGAGGCUCACUAUAUAUUCUGUACGACCUCACGACUUCGGAUCGUUUCGGUGCGUGGCCACUAAUUCACUGGGCGAAACUGAAGGAAAAAUCAAAGUUUAUAAAAUCGAUAAACCGCCAACGACGAAUAGGCCAAGCACGAGGUGGGUUUCGAAUAAAGCCAGGAAGAUCGAUCACAGUUACGAAAGGAAGACAGCUGGAAUGAAGGACGAGCCAAUGGCGAAUGGUAUCGACGGCGAUGACGAGCAGAUUGAUUUCCAGUCGGCGACUGCCUCGUCGUUUUUUCAUCGACAUUUGUUCACGAACCUCGGUAUUACCGCCGUCACGGCUAUUUUGGUCGGCGGAUUAUCGACGUAG